AAAAACUGCUCGCGCCAAAAACACAAAAAUAAAAAAUAAAAAAUAAAAAUCUAGACCCAAUCCCAAUUUUGGCACUGUCUUCCUCAAACCCUAAAAAUAAUUGCAUUCCCGCCAAAAUUCCAUAAACUCAAUUCCUACUUUGAUUCUCUUAAAACCCUAAAACCAAUUGCAUUCCCGUCUGGGUUUUGUGUGUCUUAGCCUUUCCUUCCUUCCUUCCUCCAAUGUUUGUCUCUCUGCAAUUCCGUCUCCCACCAACCGUCACGAGCACUCCUCCACUCAAACUUCUCCCGCCAAAUGCGCACGUGCCGAGUCUCAGUUCCAUGUCCGUUCGGCACGUGCGCCGUUUGCGCCUUCCCAGGCUUUCGCUCCGUGCCACUCCGCAGCUGGUGGUAGUCGAAGAUGACGAAGAGCGGGGAGCGAAUGGGAGACCGCACCGUGAUGGAGCUUCGACGGAGGAACGAAAUCUCUUGCCGCCGGGGCUCCGGCGAGAGACAAUGCCGGUUCAUGUGGCUGUGAUCAUGGACGGGAACAGGAGGUGGGCCCAGAUCAGAGGCUUGCCUGCGAGUUCCGGCUACGAGGCCGGCGUGCGGUCGCUUAGAUCGGUGGUGGAGCUCUGCUGCAAGUUGGGAAUUAGUGUUCUCACUGUUUUCGCGUUCUCCACAGAGAAUUGGUGUCGUCCAAAAGUGGAAAUUGAAUUUCUGAUGGAUCUGUUUGGAAGAGCAGUGAGAGAAGAUUUGGAAAGCUUCUUGAGGGAAAACAUCAGAAUUUCUGUAAUUGGGAAUACCUCUAAGCUUCCAAAUUCUCUACAGCAAUUGAUAGCCAAUGUAGAGGAGACAACAAAGAAAAACUUCGGUCUUCAACUAAUAGUCGCAGUAAGUUAUAGUGGUCAGUAUGAUAUUGUUCAAGCUUGUCAAAGGAUUGCUAUGAAAGUAAAAGAUGGCGUUGUUGCACUUGAUGAUGUAAAUGAGUCUUUAAUUGAGCGAGAGCUUGAAACUAACUGUACCCAGUUCCCUUACCCUGAUCUACUUAUACGGACUAGUGGUGAACUUAGGAUUAGCAAUUUCUUGUUGUGGCAGUUGGCCUAUACCGAAUUGUUCUUUUCAAAAUCCCUCUGGCCUGAUUUUGGAGAAAUUGAGUUUUUAGAGGCUUUGCAAGACUUUCAACGAAGACAGCGUCGUUAUUGUGGAAGGAGUCUUAACUAGUUACUCCCUUUCACUUAGUCUUUGGUAUUGUGCAAAAAUGGGAAAUCUAGGCUGAGCAAGAUUGUGGAACUAUUUAAGGUGAUAUUAAAGAUAGGUAGCUUAUAACAACCAUUAGAAGUACAUGUUGUAAGUUUAUUAGGAUGCUAUGCAGAUUGAUCCGAAUUAGCUGUUCAAAAUGAUGCGGCAAAGGCAGUUGCAACUGUUUUUCCUAGGAGAAUUUGGCUACUGGAAAACACUGCUUAUGAAGGAGUUUUGUGUUUGUUAGAAAUUGGGUUUUGGGAGAAUGCGCCACAGUGUAUCUUGGAAUGAGUAUGCAAAACAUGUAUGUAGAAACAUGCAAUCCUGCUUUCAACAUUGAGACACUGUGUGAGGUGAAGUUUGGAUCAUAAAGGCUGCAUGUAAGUAAUCAAAACUGCAGUUAAUACAAGAUCACACUACAAUAUGUUAUUUGUUUUCUUGUAGCUGAAAAACUAGGAUGGCCAUCGAAAACUUUUGCGGCUGAGCCUCAAGUCGCAUUUCUUUGCUGAUGUUCACCAUGGAUAUCAGUAUUCGUAUAGGACACCGAUGGUUGCUUAUCCAAAGUUUAGAAAUGCUCUCUCCAACUGAAGGCUUAAAUAGCUUAGGUGAAUUGCUAUGAUAAAAAGAACUCCACCAACCUGAUCAGAUUGCAUCAAAUAGUAUUUGAGGUAUGUUAUGUUUCACCAGCUGAAUUGUAUUUCUGUUCUUGUUCUUGUAUUACACAUAGCCUCGUAUUUAUACGAAAUGCUGCAUGAGAUUAUCUUAUUUUUACCA